GAGCGUGUAAUUGGAGCUACAUUACAUAGUACGACAUCCUGGUAGUUAGCUAGAGUCUUCUUCAUCUGCCACCGCCGGGGGGAGUCCGAUCCCAGCUUGGACAACAUCGAAGCCCCAUCGUCGUCCUGUGAAAUUCUCCUUUCAGACAUCUUGCGGGGCGAGACUGAACCACAGCCCGGAGUCGGGGAACUGAAGAACUGGGAAGUUGACAGCCGAAGAGCUUGAGCAGUAAAUGAGAAGGAUGGGGGAGUCUCGGCUCAUCGUGGAGGAGCUGUUGGCGCUCUGUCUCCAGCGAAUCGCAAUGGAGGAAAAUGCUAUGAAUACUGAGCUUGAGUUUGUUGAGGUGGUGAAAAACUUGGAGAGCUUCCGGAAAAAGUGUCUGCACUCUGAGCUGGAGCUGAAGAAGUACAAGGAGCUGCUGGUCAAGUCGGAUGUAGCCAAAGCUGCUCUGGAGGUCAAACUCAAACACGCCCGCAACCAGUUGGACGUGGAAAUGAAAAAACGCUACAAGAUGGAAAGCGACUAUCAUUACCUGCAGCGGCAGAUGCAGCUGAUGUGCGACAUCCUGGUACACGACAGCAAAUCCAGUGCGUGUUUAAACGAUGAGCAGAAAUCUCUCUUGGCCACGUUUGACCACAAAGGACCGAAUAUGACUUUGCACCGCAGUAGCAAACGACUGUCUGCGAUCGAUGAGUCGUCCUUCUUGUCUGACAUCAGCUACGAUCGAACAGAUGACGACGUGGACCUGGACACGACUGUGAUUAAACCUCUGAGGUCUCGGGCCGGAGAGCGGAGGCGCUCAUCGAUGGCUCUGACUGUCACUGCUGCGGCGGGAAAGCGAGGGAGAGGCGGGAAUAUUUCUGCAGAGCUACUGGAACGAAAAACUGUGGAGAAGGAAGUGGAGACCAUUGUCAAGGAGUCAGUGGCGACCCCUGACACCGGCGGUCACGUUCACAUGGCGGGUGGCAUCCCGCAAGAGAAAACUGAAGACCCUAUGCCGGACUCUGCUGUUCCUGACACCGGGGCAGACCAAACAUCCGUGUGGUUCCCGUGCGACCCGGAUGAAUCUCAAGUGCAGACGCAGCCGAUCAGAACGGAAAAAUCCCUGAAACACGUUUUUAUCUCUAAAACGGUGAUCCGACCUGAGAUGUGCCUGCCUUGUGGGAAGCGAAUCCGCUUCGGCAAGAUGGCGCUUAAGUGCCGAAACUGCCGUGCUGUUGCUCAUCCGGAGUGCAAACAGAAAUGUAGCAAAAUCUGCUCCGGCCACGCAGGAGGACCCACAGGAAGUGACGUGGGAAACGCUGCCUCGCUGGAGGGUUUCGCUCCUACGAACCACCCCAGAGUUCCCGCGCUCAUCGUGGAGUGUGUGAAGGAGAUCGAGAAACGAGGCCUGCAGGAGCGAGGCCUCUACAGAGUCCCGGGUGGCGAGCGGCAAGUGAAGGAGCUGCGCGAGCGCUUCCUCGGCGGUAAAACGCCGCUUCAGCUUGGUAAAGUUUCAGACAUCCACGUGGUCUGCGGCGUCCUCAAGGACUUCCUGAGGAAGCUGAAAGAACCGCUGGUCACCUUCCAGCUCCACCGCAACUUCAUGGAAGCUUCCGAGAUGAGCGAUGAGCACAGCCCCUCUGCCGCCAUGUUUCAGGUCAUCACGAAGCUGCCGAAGCCCAACCGGGACACGCUGGCCUUCCUGAUGCUUCAUUUCCACAAGGUGAUGAAGAGUCCUCAGUGUCAGAUGGACCAGAAUAAUUUAUCCCGGGUGUUUGGACCAACCCUGGUGGGACACGGCACGUCUGAACCGUCGCCUUUGACCAUCGUGCAGGACACAAACACUCAGGCCAAGGUUGUUUGUCGCUUGCUGUCUCUCCCAAAAGACUACUGGAAGCGUGUUCUCAGUGUCCCGACACCCUCCUCCUCGCAGAAAAGUACCAACCGGGGCGAAGGACACACCGGUUUCUUCAUGCCGCUGACGUCUCCUGAGCUCAACAGCUACCACGCCGUGGCCGGCGCGGCGGGCACCCGAGGUCGCAUCAGAAACUUUGGGAACGCUUUCAUCAGCGGGCGUGCUGAGCCAGGAAAGAGGUUCUUUACGUCGCCCAGCUGACACUUAGCGUUUUUUAUUUAACGUCAUUCAAAAAUGUCAUAAAAAAAUCUGUUUUCUUUGUAACAAUUAGAAAUUAAAUAAAAUAUUAAACCUGUA